AUGACCAAGACAGUUACUGAAGCAAAGAUUCUUAUUGAGAACGUAGCAUCAAGCGACAGUGACAACUUCAUUGGGCAUGAGAGAGCAGUGAAAGCUAUAAAUUCUGAUCCCUACAGAGAAGAGUACAGUGAGAUCAAGGCAAUGAUGGCCGAGAUUCUAAGGAAUCAAGAGAAAGAAGUAAUGCGACAAAGGGAAACCUAUAGGGUUGAACCUACAAGCAUUCAAGACUACUUUGGAGGUUUGAUUCCGAACUUGCAGGAAGAAGUAAACUUCAUUGGGAUAGAUGGUUUAGCAGCAGAGCAAGGAACUUGGGAGGACAUGCCUAAUGUUUUCUCAAACCAUGAAUUAACCCAAGAGAAGAAGAGGAGCGCAUAUGAGCAAGGAAAUCACCAACGAUUUCCUUUCAAAAGAAGAAUGGAACCAAGGAGUGGUUUUGAUGAUUUGAUAACCUCUAUCAUGGAUUCUCAGAGAAAUCACACAUCAAAGAUUGAUGAGAAGUUGGAAUCGGUUUUCACAAGAAUGAAUGAGAAGUUGGACUCCAUCUUUUCUAUUAUGCGAGAUUUAGAUCUCAGAGUUGCCAACAUAGCCAGUGAUAUCAAGAGAGAGGAAGGCAUGCUACCAGGGAAAGUAGAGAUAAAUCCAAGGAAUGAAAUAGUAGCUGCAAUCACCCUUAGGAAUGGAAAAGGAUAUGAACCUCCUGCCUAUCCUGUCAAUGAAGAAAUCACCCCACAACCCAAGAAGAAAUUGAUGGAGUAUGUGAUCAUAGGAGAUGGAACUGAACCACCUAAAGAGGUUCAUGUCAGAGUCGAGCCAGGGACCCAAGAAGAAGUGGAGGAACCACCAGAAGAACCAAGGGUGUAUGAGGCAAAGACCCCAUAUCGGAAUGUUCUUGCCCAACCCAAGAAAGAGAAGGAACAAGCUAAACUUAAGGACCUCGUCAGCCAACUUUCAGUUCGGCUGCCAUUCAUAGAUGCUUGCCAAAUCAUUCCAUCUUUAAGGAAGUACAUGAAGGCUAUACUCACAAGUAAUGUCAGCCUAGAGGAAGGGGCAAUGAUGAUUACAAAGGAAUGCAGUGCCAUACUCCAAAACCGGAUGCCAGAAAAACUGAACGACCCAGGGAGUUUUGUUCUUGCUUGCAAAAUCGGUUCUACAUUCUUUCAUAGAGCACUUUGUGACUUGGGAUCUAGUGUUAACCUAAUGCCCUACUCAGUAGCUAAGCUAUUAGGCAUUACUGAUUUCAUACCCACCAAGAUAUCCCUAGUUUUUGCUGAUCGAUCUGUUCGCCCCCAUGUUGGAGUAAUCAUGGAUGUUCCAAUAAUGGUUGGAGAUUGCUACAUACCAGCUGAUUUUGUGGUUCUUGAACUGGAACAUCAACCUAAGGAUCUUCUUAUCCUAGGAAGACCAUUCCUAGCUACUGAAGGAGCCAUAAUAGAUGUUAAGAAUGGUAAGAUUGACUUACACCUUGGAUAUAUAGUCAUGAAUUUCGAAGUAAACAAGUCUAUGGAGAAACCUACUGUGUAUGGCCAAGCCUUUUGGAUUGGAGAGCUCACAGAAACAAAGGAAGAAGUGCUGGAUGAACUCCUUCUAUAUGAUCCACUGGAGCUAGCUCUAACCAAAGCUGAAGAUGAAUUUGGAUACAUGGAAAGAGAAGCCCAAGGUCUACUAAAGUUCAUGGAUUCUAUGGAAGCAUACGAGGAGCUAGUAGCUUACAUAGAUUUAGAAAGAGAAAAAUAA